AUGUUGCGCCUCAUGGAGAACGUACGCGUCUUUCAAAGCUCAGACGACAUUACCAUGCAUACAACGUCCACUUACCAUGAAAAAACUAAGCGAAAGAAUGCACUACAGCGUACGAAAUACAUUAAUAAAGACACGGCAGUCGACGAGGACGAAGAGCGGAAUCUGCAACAUUUCUGCGUCUUACAGCAACAAGACGCCAAUUCGAAGGAUCACGGGCUAUUGGCAGUUGAUACACAGGAUCAUGAACUUAUGGAGCUCAUUUUUGUGCCUUCGGGCGAGAUUCAAGCGAGAAAUGACGGGAUUAACAGCUUUAAACGGCCUCAUUUCCAGCAGAAAAAGGUUCUUGAGAGUGGAAAUCGAUGCAGUUCAAGAUUGAGAGAUGGCAGGAAAGAGGAUUUGAAGGAGAAGGAUGAUGAGGUGAAAGAGGAGAACGAGACAGGCAGGAGACAAGCAAGUUAUGAGAAAAACGUCGAGCAAUGGAAGAACAAGUGGAUCGACAAGAUGUCAAGACAAUCACGACAAGAAGAGGGGGAGUGUCAUCCAACUAAAGACAUUGAUUUGUCAUUGUCUUGUUUGUCUGCAGAUGACGAUGAUUUAUUGAAUGAUGAGGAUGAUCAAUUAGAUGAGUCAAAGAGGUCGGACGAGAGUGAAAAACAGGAAAAGAAUCAAUUGGUAUGGAAUGAAGAACCAACAAGGCAGGCAAUUAAACAUGCAGAUGAGCAGGUCUGGUUUCUGAAACAUUCUGUAGCAAGAGAUGGCGUGAAGAAGACCUUAACCCGCUCAUUGACGAUGGAUCACCUAGGAAGAGAACAAGGUGAUGGCACGUCGGGUCAAGCUACAGAUAGAAACGAUUCAGUACAACGUAUGACAGGAUUUUGUAGAAAGAAGGCAUCGUCUAGUGGAGACAUUUCGCGUGGAGCUAGACAACGAUCAGCACCUCUUCAGCAUGUGGAGCAAGUUUUGCGGCUGAAUCGAUCAAAUGAUGUAUCUACUUGUCGAAGUAAGCAGUCUCCGAAAAUGGAGGUAGAUCAUUUGACCUCGGACGAACCGAUCUCAAGUCCGAAGAUUGUAAUCAGUACAAAGAGAGAGAAUAGCUUGAUCGAGAUCGAGUGCAUGGAAAAAGAGCUGCAAAAGGAAAAGCGGCGAGUGCUGGAGAAGACGACCCGCUUGCUAGACGAACAGGACAAAAAUCAGCAGCUCCGUGAAAGAGUUCGGGUCUUGGAGGCGCGGCUUGCUGCGCAAGACAGUGAGAUAAACAGGAAAGCUCGGCGAGCAGCACGUGAUCACGAGAAGCAAAGACGAAAAUCAGAGAAUGAGCAAAGUGAUCGAGUUAACGAAUUGGAGGAGCAGGUUCGUUCUCAAGAAGAUGACAUUGCUCGCUUGGAGCACGACAAGAUUCAGCUUACGACUGCGUUAGAGCAGCUGAAAAAGACGGAAAGUGAGCUGUCUAGCAGCCAACAUUAUGACACAGUAGAAGUUGCAGGGCUGAGAGCUAAGCUUGACGAUAUGAAUCGUCGCCUCUACGAAUAUCUGGCAAAUGUGGAGCGCUGGAAGAGUACUAGUAUGGAAAAGAUGCGUAAUCAUGACGACAAGAAGACCGCUUUGCCUGAUCUUUUGGAUAUUCUGUGGUUGGAUUUCCCACAAUUUUCGGGGGUAGUGCCAAGACCAUACAGUGAAGGACCAAGUCGUUCCUCUGAGCGUCAGCAGCAGUCCAUAAUCAAUGUUGAUGAACAAGCCGACGUUGUUGUCUUCCUAAAAAAGAGAUUGCGUGAGCGCGAGGACAAGUUGCGACAGACCCACAUUAAGUAUAUGGAGCUAAAGGAGAUGUGCGCCCGACAAUGCGUUCGUGAGGCUGACCUACAAAACUUUAUCAAUGAACAUCGUCUACGGGGCAACCUCAUCAUCCGCAAGAAUAGCAGUUCCAAGUCUAAAGGGGCUGAUAGUAACCAAGAGCAGAUGGACCACCACGAUGUAAGUCGACGCAAUGCCACACUGACAAUGACAUCGAGCGGAAACAACAACAUCCCAGCUUCAUACAACGAAAGAGGUAGAGUGAAGAAGGAUGUUGUGAACGAAGAAUGCUCGGACAACCACGAAGCUAACGACGAUGGUGAGGAUGACGACGAGCUUGACAACCCGUUGCAAACUCCCAACGUGUUCGUCCAAGUUGGCCGCGACAGAGUGUGCGAGCAUGCAUCGACCACAAACUCAGCCGUACCUUCGAAGCGUACGAUCGACCAGAGUCGAGAGAAACAAAGGAUGCAACCGAAGCAGCUACAACAAGAAGAGCUAGUCGAACGCAUUCAAUGUAGACCGUCGCUGAGUCUAGCACAGCAGGACAAGCGAGUAGCUCAGGGAAAGAAAUCGACACAGCAGCCAAAGCUUGGAACGUGUCCGUCUCGAUGUGGCAGCCGUCCCUCCUUUAUGCGCAGGAAAGCAUCAAGUACUGCAGCACAAGCUAAGAGAUCACUGAUCACGGGUAUCAAUCGUCCAUGGAUAUAG